UGACUCAGGCUCUGUCACCAUCAACAGCAGCUCCGCCCAUCGGGACUGUGUGUGAGGGUGCACAUAUUCUAUUUCUGUGCUACACACAGGAGUCACAGGCCCCGUGUGCUGACUGGACACUGUCAGAGCACAUCUACAGGACUCUAAAGAGAAGUCACUGAGUCCUCCCCUCACUCAGGAUGAAACUCCUUCUGCUGGUCGCUCUGCUCACAGGUGCUACCACAUCCCGAAUCAGCACUCGGGCUGAGUGGAAGUUUGACAAUCUAUUCCAGUGCACCCUUCCUGGGAUCUUAUUUUACCCGGCAUACGAUUACUAUGGCUGCUGCUGUAACAUUUUCUGCACUAACAAUCGGGUGAAAGACAGGUGCUGUCAGACACGUGACAACUGCCUUGCUCAGGUCAAGAAGCUGGAAAGUUGCAAAUUCCUCAUAGACGACCCCCAAAGAAGCUUGUACACAUACUUGUGCUCUGGGAAUAAGGUCACCUGCAGUGAGGAAAACAGUACCUGUGAGGAUUUGAUCUGCAACUGUGACCGCCAGGCUGCCAUCUGCUUCUCCAAGGAGAAUGAAGGACAGACAGCUGCCACACUGUGA